AUGGCGACUUCUCCUACGAGUCUCUCCAAGGCCCUGGACUUUCAGCCGUCCAGCGGCCCCUCAACGACGCUAGAGCUCCCCUCAGACAUUGGGAUUGGCAAUGUAACAAUUGGAGGCUACAUCGCCUGUGUGAUGGCCAAAUAUGCCCUCCACUAUGCCCGGCACCAUCCCAAGCUGAAGCACCAGAUUGAUCUUCGCUCCGCGAUCGUACAGUUCUCUCGCCCCAUGUUCCCCACCAAGCCGAUGACAAUGACUCUACGAGAGAAACUCGAAACAGAGAGUCACCCGGACUGGAUCUCCUACCACUGCGCCUUCUACCCGGACGGGUUCCGACGGGGCCAUUCCUACGCCAAGGCGUUCAUCCCGAGGAUCUCGCGCCGCGAAAACCCCUUCGUAGAGCAGUGGAUUGAACCGGGCUGGGACUGCCAUCCGCAGGGGUCUUUGGUGCGGAAAGGAAGCGGAACAGACACCUACGCGCGGUGGACGAACGAAAUGAUCCAAUUCAUUGUGGAAAUGUCGCUUCCCGUGCAGGAGAAUCUAUUCCCCCCAUAG